UGCAUGGCACAUGGGGUUGCGUAUCAUCCGGCAUACUCUGCCGGAGUAUCAAAGUUUUUCUAGAAUCAUAAAAACUGCAUAAACGGCUUGUUCUAAUCUGUCUGCGUGAAAGCGCCUCUUCAAAUCAAAUCCCAACGAAGCAGCGACUAUGAUAAGAUUCAUUUCACUCUCCUCCAAAUCCAACCGUUCAAAAAAUCUCAGCUCAAAGAUCUUCUGUCUACACCCCCACCUUUCAUCUACGUCUUUCGUCAAUCCCACCCCUCUUAGAAAUUCCACCAAUCAAGGCAUUUCCCAACGAAUCCAACUCCGUUUCCUUCUACCAAUAUCUCCAAUCCGGUUCUUUCCGUCUGAGUCUUCUACAGAACCCCCAAAUUUCGGAAAUCCAAUUCAAAAUCGACAUGUGGUUUCUCCAAAACCCGCCAAUUUCGAAAAAUUGAUCCAAGAUCGAAAUGGGUUUUAUUGUAAAUGCGCAGAGUUUAAGGAUUCAAUCAGAAAUCGAAGUCGGUUUUCUCCAAAAUGCACUGAUUUCGGAAGUUCAAUCCGAAAUGGAAAUGGGUUUUCUCUAAAACUCCCCGGUUUCAGAAAUUUGGUCAGAAACAGAAAUGGGAUUUCUUUAGUUACUGGUUCCGUUGGAGAGUCAAGAAGUUUCUGCAGUGAAACCGGUCGAGAGUCUUUAAGUUAUGAUAUCGUCAUUGUUGGAGCAGGGCCCGCUGGGUUAUCAGCGGCGAUACGAUUGAAGCAGAUAUGCCAAGAAAAGAAUGUUGAUUUAUCAGUUUGUGUUGUCGAGAAAGGCGCUGAAGUGGGUGCUCAUAUCAUUUCAGGGAAUGUUUUUGAGCCUCGGGCCUUGGAUGAACUACUCCCACAAUGGAGAGAGGACGGAGCCCCAAUUGAAGUGCCUGUCUCAUCUGAUAAGUUUUGGUUACUUACAAAGGAUCGGGCAUUUUCACUUCCAUCCCCAUUCGAUAAUAAAGGAAACUAUGUGAUAAGUUUGAGUCAGUUAGCACGUUGGAUGGGAACAAAAGCUGAAGAACUGGGUGUAGAGAUAUACCCGGGCUUUGCUGCUAGUGAGAUUUUAUAUGAUGCAAACCGCAAGGUGGUUGGGAUUGGAACUAAUGAUAUGGGUGUUGCUAAAGAUGGUUCGAAAAGAGAAACAUUUCAGCGUGGUGUGGAACUGAAAGGGCGAAUUACACUUCUUGCUGAAGGAUGCAGAGGUUCAUUAUCUGAGAAAAUAAUCAAAGACCACAAACUGCGAGAGAAGGGGCAUGCACAACAUCAAACAUAUGCUUUGGGUAUCAAAGAGGUGUGGGAAAUUGAUGAAAGAAAGCACAAACCUGGCUUCGUGCUUCACACAUUGGGUUGGCCAUUGGACAGCAAGACAUAUGGGGGAUCCUUUCUUUACCACAUGAAAGAUAGGCAGGUGUCCAUUGGCCUGGUGGUUGCCUUGAAUUAUCACAACCCCUACUUGAGUCCAUAUGAUGAGUUCCAGAAACUGAAGCAUCACCCUGCCAUCAAACCAUUGCUGGAAGAUGGAACUGUUCUCCAGUAUGGAGCUCGCUCCUUAAAUGAAGGUGGUUUCCAGUCGAUUCCAAAUCCGGUCUUCCCCGGAGGAGCGAUUAUCGGAUGCUCUGCUGGCUUCUUGAAUGUACCGAAAAUAAAAGGAACACACACUGCCAUGAAAUCAGGGAUGCUUGCUGCGGAAGCAGCAUUUAAUGCAUUGCAAGAUGGAACUGAUAUGGAUGCAUAUUGGGACAAUCUAAAAAGAUCGUGGAUUUGGGAAGAGCUUCAUAAAGCUCGGAAUUACCGCCCUGCGUUUGAGCAUGGGCUGCUUCCCGGUUUGGCUUUUUCUGCAUUGGAACACUACGUUUUCAGAGGAAGUUUACCACUGACACUGAAGCACAGAAAACCCGAUCAUGAAGCCACAGAUGUUGCAAGCGUUCAUAGUCCAAUUCAGUACCCAAAGCCAGAUGGGUUGGUGUCCUUUGAUGUGCCAACCUCUCUAUACAGGAGCAACACAAAUCACGAACACGAUCAACCCACUCAUCUUCGUCUGAAGGACCCCAUGAUUCCUGAACUUGUAAACCUGCCACAAUAUGCCGGGCCUGAAUCAAGAUACUGUCCUGCCCGUGUAUAUGAGUAUGUCCCUGAUGAGAAAGGACACCCAAAACUUCACAUCAAUGCUCAGAACUGUCUCCAUUGCAAGGCUUGCGACAUCAAGGACCCCAAACAGAACAUUGAGUGGACAGUACCCGAAGGAGGCGGCGGUCCGGGAUAUUCAGUCAUGUAGAUUCUCCUUUUCCUCUCUUGCUGCAAAUAAUCUCCCUCUCUCUCUCUCUCUCUCUCUCUCUCUCCCACACACAUCAAUGCCUUUCUUAAAAAACUGUACAUGUGGGACGUUGGAGUUUAAAAUUUUCAAAUCAAAUGCAGCAGAAAUGACCCUGGAGUAGCUUAGAUUUUCUUUCAAAGUGUACAAGCCAUUACUAUGGUGAGAAUAAUAUGGAUGGUCGAUGCAUCAAAAUCCCCAUGAUUGAAUAAUACUGACCAUCAAAUUCUCCGGUGUUUUAUCUAAUUGAAUGUGGACUGUUGAUGUCCUUUCUUUAAA